AUGUAUAAGCACAGAAUAACAUUGUGUUUUCAAUUAAUUUUGAUAAAAUAUUUCAGGUAUCCAAUACAGAAAUAUAUUCUACACGGAAAGAACCAAAACAUAUGGGGAAUAGCAAAACGUGAAUUCACUAAAAAUACUCAAAAAUGUUGCAAAGAAAAUAUGAAUAAAUCAAAGUUUUCCUCAUAUAUUUUUAAAUUUGGUCUUAGUGGAUUAGGAGUAACAACUGCUUGUAUUUUGAGAUCACGUAAUCAAAUUGUGCUCUGUAGAGAAGCCAAAAGAAUUAACAAUAUCAAAUCUGACACUCCUGAACUGACCUUUGAAUGGACAAAAUUUUUUAAAUAUUUAUAUCCACAUAUUUGGUACUUAUUGCUAGCAUUAUCAAGUGCAUUAAUAGUUGCACUAUUAAAUAUUCAAAUACCGCAGUGUGUUGGAAGUGUUAUAAAUGUACUCACGGAAAUAUGUCAAAACAAAAGCGAUUCUACAAAACAAAUUAUCUUACAACUAACUCAACCAGCUUUUGUUUUGGCACGCAUGUAUAUUGCACAAGCAUUUUUCACUUUUGUAUAUAUUUAUACACUUUCCCAUGUGGGUGAGAGAAUUGCAGUGAGUUUACGUCAAGAUUUGUUCAAGUCAAUUAUUAUGCAAGAUAUAGAAUUCUUUGACAAAACACGUUCUGGUGAAAUAGUAAGUCGAUUGACUAGUGAUAUUCAAGACUUUAAGAGCUCAUUUAAGACUUGCAUUGCUCAAGGCUUGAGAAGCCUCACACAAAUUAUUGGUUGUGUUAUCUCUGUAAUAGUGAUAUCACCACAAUUGACUACUCUUGUGGUAUUUAGUUUACCUACAAUAAUUUUUAUUGGUACUCUCCUGGGAAAAAGUUUACGCAAGUUGUCAAUGGAAGCCCAAAAUCAAGUCGCAAGAUCGACUGCCGUUUGCGAAGAAGCUAUACAAAAUAUCCGAACGGUGAGAGCUUUUGCCGCGGAAGAGAAAGAAGCAGAAAUGUUUUACAAAGAAGUUGAACAUUCGUCUGAGCUUUAUGAACGAUUAGGUUUUGGUAUAGGUUUCUUUCAAGCAGGAACGAAUUUAUUACUUAACGGUAUUUUACUCUCCACGCUAUAUUUUGGCGGCCACUUGCUUUCUACAGGAGAAUUGUCUCCAGGAAAUCUCAUGGCAUUUUUAAUGGCUACACAGACCAUACAGAAGUCUUUAGGCCAAUUGUCCAUGCUUUUUGGAACUUUUGUUAGGGGACAAAGCGCAGGUGCCAGAGUUUUACAGUAUCUGGAUAUGCCGCCUUCGCUAAUGAUGACCGGUGGUGAUAUAAUCGCGGAUAAAUCUCUAGCAGGGAAUAUAGUUUUCCAAAAUGUAAAAUUUAGCUAUCCCACUAGACCAGAUCAUACUAUUUUAAAAAAUUUCAAUUUACAUAUUCCUUUAGAUGUAAUUAUUAAUAUUGUUGGUGCUAGUGGUAACGGUAAAUCAACUGUGGCUGCAUUAUUAGAAAGGUUUUAUGAUGUUGAUGAAGGCUCCAUUACUAUUGAUGGUCGAGAUAUUAGAUCUCUUAAUUCGAGUUACCUCAGAGGUAACGUUUUUGGCUAUAUAAAUCAAGAGCCUACUUUAUUCGCUACCAGCAUCAUGGAAAACAUUAGAUUUGGGAGACAAAAUGCAACAGAUGAAGAGGUCAUUGAAGCAGCUAAAGAAGCAAAUGCGCAUGAAUUUAUAACAAAGUUUCCAGACGGUUACGCGACCGAGGUCGGCGAGAGAGGUGCGCAGCUCUCUGGUGGACAAAAGCAACGGGUUGCUAUUGCCAGGGCCUUGCUAAAACAACCAUCUGUUUUAAUUCUAGAUGAGGCUACAAGCGCAUUGGAUUAUGAAAGCGAAAGGGUCGUUCAAAAGGCGAUUGAAAAUGCUACGAGAGGUAGAACGGUACUUGUGAUCGCUCAUAGAUUAAGUACCAUUAAAGGCGCUGACGUAAUCGUUGUAUUACAACGCGGUGUCAUAGUGGAGAUGGGCAUGCAUUCGGAACUAAUUAAACGGAAAGGCGUUUAUUACACACUCGUAAACGAACAAGAAAAGGAAAAUAUGUAAUAAUAAUAAUAUUUAAAACCAUGUGCAAGCUAUAUUGGUACAAACGAUUAAUGAAAAAUGGUAGGUAAUUAUUUAGUAGGUUAUUAUUUAUUCUGUUUUGUAGAAUAAUUUUUUUUUUGUAUCAUAAUGCGUGUGUGUGUGUGUGUGUGUAUAUAUACAAUAUAUAGAAAAGGAUUUUAUGUAU